AUGGCUGACUCCGAUCUAUCAACGGAAGCCAAGACAAGGGCGAACAUAGGCCUUGAGCAUGGGGCGGCCCUCAAGGCCAAAACUAACUUAAUAGAUACUUCGGAUGCCUUGACCCCAGAUCCAGGUACCGAAGAUAUGUUCAGGACUGAACAAAACAAAUUCGCCUUUAGUCCAGGACAGCUUUCCAAACUACUUAACCCCAAGAGCCUCAACGCAUUUUAUGCCCUUGGAGGGAUCAACGGCAUAGAAAAAGGACUGCGAACUAAUCGCAGUGCAGGUCUUGGCGUCGACGAGUCGACAUUGGACGGCGAGGUUAACUUUCACGAUGUCGCGCCCGAGGGAACACCCAUGCAUGGCACCGCCGGUGAUUCUAUCCCCGAAAGCAAUGCUGAAGCAGCAGUCCACGUACCCCCUCCAGACGACCUGAAUCCUGCCAGCCCCUUCUACGAUCGGAAGAAGAUAUUCAGAGAUAACGUACUUCCAGAGAGAAAUUCCAAGUCCUUACUCGAGAUUGCCUGGACUACCUACAACGACAAGGUUCUCAUACUCUUAACUAUUGCUGCUGUGGUAUCGUUAGCCCUUGGCUUGUACCAGACUUUUGGUGGUGAACAUAAACCAGGGGAGCCAAAGGUUGAGUGGGUUGAAGGUGUGGCGAUUAUUGUCGCCAUCGUCAUUGUUGUACUUGUCGGUACAGUCAACGACUGGCAUAUGCAGCGGCAGUUCACCCGCCUUACCAAGAAGACCAACGAUCGUAUGGUCAACGUGAUUCGCUCCGGAAAAUCACAAGAAAUCUCGAUCAACAAUGUGAUGGUUGGCGACAUCAUGCAUCUCACUACUGGCGAUAUCGUGCCCGUAGAUGGCAUAUUUAUCCAAGGCAGCGCUGUCAAGUGUGACGAGUCCUCAGCUACUGGGGAGUCUGAUCUUCUGCGAAAGACUCCAGCUGCUGACGUCUUUGACACAAUACAAAAGCCAGAAACCAAGAAUUUAGAGAAGCUUGACCCCUUUAUAAUAUCGGGAAGCAAGGUUAGCGAGGGUAACGGAACUUUUCUCGUCACUGCUGUGGGUGUCAAUUCCAGCUACGGUCGUAUUUCAAUGGCUCUUCGAACCGAACAGGAAGAUACACCGCUCCAGAGGAAACUCAACGUUCUGGCGGAUUGGAUUGCGAAGGUCGGUGCUGGGGCUGCUCUACUGCUCUUCAUUGUGCUUUUCAUCAAGUUCUGCGCUCAGCUUCCGAAUAAUCGUGGCACUCCAUCUGAAAAGGGCCAAGACUUCAUGAAGAUCUUCAUUGUCUCCGUCACUGUCGUCGUUGUGGCAGUUCCCGAAGGACUGCCCUUGGCAGUAACACUGGCACUGAGCUUUGCGACGGUUAAGAUGCUUCGUGAUAACAAUCUUGUUCGAAUUCUCAAAGCUUGCGAAACCAUGGGAAACGCUACGACUAUUUGUUCCGACAAGACUGGCACAUUGACGCAGAACAAAAUGACUGUCGUCGCUGCCACUCUUGGGAAAAUCACAAGCUUCGGUGGUACUGAUGCGCCUAUGGACAAGUCGAUAAAAUUAGACCAGGGGGCAAUUACCGUGCCCAAUGUUUCGGAGACUGGAUUUGCGAAUGGACUAAGCCACGAAGUCAAAGAUCUUCUCGUUUGUUCCAAUAUCCUAAACUCAACUGCCUUCGAAGGUGAACAGGAUGGACAGAAGACAUUUAUCGGAUCCAAGACCGAGGUCGCUCUACUGGCCCACUGUCGAGACCGCCUCGGAUCGGGCCCUAUUGAAGAGGUUCGAUCGACUGCCGAGAUUGUACAGACCAUCCCUUUUGACAGCAAAUACAAAUACAGUGCUGUCGUCGUAAAGGUGGCUGAUGGGAGAUACCGAGCGUUUGUGAAGGGUGCUUCGGAGAUGCUCCUGGCCAGGUGUACCAAAGUCCUCGGAAACACAUCUCAGGGGGACCUCACAUCGGUCCUCCUGACAGAUGCCGAGCGAGACAUGUUCAAUUUGAUCAUCAACUCCUACGCGGCGCAGACUCUCCGAACCAUUUGUUCUUCAUAUCGAGAUUUUGAAUCGUGGCCACCUGAAGGGGCUGCUUCCCCAGAGAAUCCACGAUAUGCAGACUUCAAUGCUGUGCAUCAAGACAUGGCACUGAUGAGUAUCUACGGUAUCAAGGACCCAUUGAGACCGACCGUCAUCAGUGCCCUUGGAGACUGUCGUCAAGCUGGCGUGGUCGUGAGAAUGGUCACAGGUGACAACAUUCAGACAGCUUGUGCUAUUGCGUCUGAAUGUGGAAUCUUUAGACCUGACGAAGGCGGCAUUGCAAUGGAGGGCCCAGAUUUCCGAAGGCUUCCGCCCGGAGAGCUAAAAGAGAAAGUAAGACAUCUUCAGGUUCUCGCUCGCUCAAGUCCUGAGGAUAAACGCGUUCUGGUUCGUACCCUGAAAGAUCUUGGGGAAACUGUCGCUGUGACUGGCGAUGGAACAAACGAUGCUCCCGCUUUGAAGAUGGCUGAUAUUGGGUUUUCCAUGGGUAUUGCUGGUACCGAAGUAGCCAAGGAGGCAUCGUCAAUUAUCCUUCUUGAUGACAACUUUGCUUCCAUCGUAAAGGGUUUGAUGUGGGGUCGUGCUGUCAACGACUCCGUCAAGAAGUUCCUCCAGUUCCAACUGACUGUCAAUAUUACAGCCGUGGUAUUAACAUUUGUAUCAGCGGUCGCAAGCAGCACACAGGAAUCUGUCCUCAAUGCCGUUCAGCUUCUUUGGGUCAAUCUGAUCAUGGAUACCUUCGCAGCACUUGCACUUGCGACAGACCCCCCUACUCGUAGUGUACUUGAUCGAAAGCCGGAUCGAAAGUCUGCCCCUCUCAUCACAUUGAGGAUGGCCAAGAUGAUCAUAGGUCAAGCAAUUUGUCAGCUCGCCAUCACCUUUGUGCUGAACUUUGGUGGUAAGAAACUUUUGGGCUGGUACGAUGACUCUGAAAGGGAUGCAAAAGAGCUGAAGACACUCGUCUUUAACACAUUUGUCUGGCUGCAGAUAUUCAACGAAAUCAACAACCGUCGUCUAGAUAACAAGCUCAAUAUCUUUGACGGUCUUCACCGCAAUAUAUUCUUCAUUGUUAUUAACCUCAUCAUGAUCGGAGGCCAAAUCAUUAUUAUAUUUGUGGGAGGUGAUGCCUUUGAGAUUGUUCGCUUGAGCGGGAAGGAAUGGGGAUUGUCGAUCGGCCUAGGAGCAAUAUCUAUUCCUUGGGGUGUAGCCAUUAGGCUCUGCCCUGAUGAAUGGAUUGCUGCUUGCCUCCCAGGUUUCCUCCGCAGAAGAUGGAUCUCACCCUCAGAGGCGGACCUUGCAGCUGAAAAGCCGCUGGAUUCGGACGAUGAGUUCGUGCGGCCACCACUCCGUGUCAUGAGCUCUCUUCGUGGACCACGUGUACAGCAGCAUAUCGGGUUCAAAGAAAGAAUGCAUAGGGUUAAGGAGAAGGCCAAGGAAAAGGCGCAUAGAGAAACAAAUGCUCCACCAGAGAAGUCAGGAGCAGUUGUUGGCCAUGUAACUGAAGGGGGUCACUCCUAG